CUUACGUCUUACUUAUAAAACAAAACAAAAAAGCGAAAUAGGAAAGCAGGAAGAAAAUGCGAACGAAUCGAACAAGAUAAUACAAAUUUGCGUACGAGCACGUCGCAAUCGCAAAAAUCCCAAUCACAAGAGGAACAAGAUGAACGAAAUCAACGACAAUUGGAAUGGAGAAAAGAGCGCCGGUACGUCAGGCGCUCAAAUUCCUACAUGAGGCAGAUAUGUGUUGCACAUCAGGAGAAGUGCAACUAUAUUAAAUUGAGACACCACCAGAACCAUUGAAUGUCUUGCUCAAUACUGCGGAAAACGGUCAACAAUUCAAAUGAACGUUUAAAAUCAAUGAACAAGUGCUGCCAAUGUCAAACGAUGCACAUAAGAUUUUAUUUUGCUCUCCGUUAUUCUUGUCAAUUUCCUAUUGAGAGUAGGAGUAUAACGUAGCCAUGGGGAUGCUGAGUACGAGUGAGAGGGAAAUGUGUGGUCACGAAUUGCAUGUUAGAGAAUAAGGCUUCAAAAAGCUUGUCUCAGCAUAUACUAAGCAACUCGUUGCUCUGAGUGAAGAAAAUACUACCAAGCACUUAAUGAUGAAUCAAAUAGUAAUCUAAGACCAGACAAUUAUGUAUAUAGAUUUAAACGAGUAUUCAAAUAUUGUAACUAGGAUUUUAUUUUAGGCGCCCAUUGUACACACUGAUGGAAAAAGCUUUCAAAGCUGCCAGUAAUAGCUUUCAUUUUAUUUUGGUAUAAAGCUUAACUACCACGCGUAAUUCAGACGUAUUAUUUGCGCUGGAUUCUGAGGUGUCAGCAAGACCAGGGGGUUCAACCAAAAUGAAAUGCAAUCAGUAAAUACCAAGCCCAUGUGAUGACUUAAAUAAUAAUGUAUUAGAUUAACACAAAAACGACCAUCAGUUUCUGAUGUUUUGUUUUAAAAAAAUGGACGCUGUACAACAAUCAACAAUAUCAGCUCGGAAUCUUAAGAAACCAGAGAAGGAACAUGUUCUUGCUUUUGUCGGGGCGGCGAGUAAUGAAAGUGGACCUGAAGUUCAGCCUUUUUACGAGGACGACGAGGACUACGUUAUUGUGGAUAAAGCACAGAAUGGUUGUGAAUACACAAGACUCGAAGAAAUGGGAAAGGAGAAAAUACCGCACAACAAAUUAAAACAUAUUAACAUUGAAUCUAAGGAAUCAACAGAACGGCAUUCCAUGAGUGAGCGAAAAUGUCAGGAUCCAAGUGGUACUAAGCCCAAAACUCGAAAUAUUGUAGAUGAUAAAAUAAUACCAACUUUUCCAACUGAAGAUAUAAAUUCAGUAACUAAUAGUAGGCGGCCGCAGUUGGGCAAGAACUUAGAAGGUAGCAUGAGAUUGCAUGAGGUAGUUCAAUCAAAAGAUUGCUGUGAUCUUCGUCAAAGUGAUAUUAACAGUCUCCAAAAAACGCCUGAAUCAGAAUAUCCACAAUUAAAAUGCGUUUAUUCACGACCAAUGUUUCUGAAAUCACAAUCGUUGGAAUUAUACAAUGAGACAAAUAGCUUCCAAUUAGCACAAUCUCGCCUGUUACCAAACAUUAGUGAAAACUACUCCAAUGAUAAUCAAACCCAACCAGCGCAAGCUUCAGACUCUGUAUCUCAGCUAACAAAGAGUAUCGACCACUUGUUAGAUUUGAACGGCGAAGAACUCGAUAAGUCUACGUGUGAGGUUACAUGUUUAGCACAGCGGCCCCAUAUUUCUUUGAAUCUUCAAUCAAUUGAAACUCGACCUAUUUAUCCGAAUGUUCCAUAUAGUCCGUAUGGCAGUCCAUUUGGCAGUCCUCGGUCAAAUCGACGGCGACCUCCUCUCCGCGAAUCACGGAGAAUAUCAAUAGAAAAAUCGGGAAGCUUUCUUCAAUUAAACCAAUACAAAUUAAUGGACCAAAUUGGACAGGGCUCAUAUGGACUUGUAAAAUUGGCCUAUUCUGAAGAAGAUUCAACCCAUUAUGCGAUGAAAAUUCUUUCAAAGAAGCGACUUUUGCGCCAAGCUGGGCUAAUGCGUCGAGGUCCUAAGAAAACAACUUCUCCGCUGGAUCGUGUUUACAGAGAAAUCGCUGUUUUAAAGAAGCUUGAUCAUCCCAACGUUGUCAAGCUAGUGGAAGUAUUAGAUGACCCGAUUGAGGACUCCUUAUAUAUGGUUUUCGAAUUGGUAAAACAAGGCGAAGUUCUUAGAAUUCCAACAGACAAUCCAUUGUCAGAAGAACGCGUAUGGAGUAUUUUUCGAGAAACACUACUCGGAUUGGAAUAUUUACACUAUCAAAAAAUUAUCCAUGCGGACAUAAAGCCUGGAAAUUUAUUGUUAACGGAGUUUGGACACAUCAAAAUAGCUGAUCUUGGUGUCUGCAAUGAAUUUCUUGGACAAGAUGCUAUAAUGAGCAAUGGAUCUACAGGUGGAACCCCUGCCUUCAGGGCCCCCGAAACCCUCAUCUUAGGCCAGAACGUGUAUUGCGGACGAGCAUCAGAUGUCUGGGCAUUGGGUGCCACUCUGUAUUCCUUAAUUUUUGGCAAUGUGCCUUUUUUAGCAGAUUCUGUUCCCUUGCUCUAUGAAAGAAUACAAAAAGACCCCGUAGUGUUCCCACAAAAAUUAACAGUUAGCUCAAAUUUGAAACGCUGCAUUUUGCACAUGCUGGAAAAAGAUGCUACUCAAAGAAUAACAGUGCCAGAGCUAAAGAUAAAUGAUUGGGUUACCACUAAUGGCGAUUACCCAUUGCCCACUGAAGAAGAAAACUGCUGUCUAGUACAAGUUGAUGAAGAAGAUAUAAACUCCGUUGUCCGCAGCAUUCCAAAGUUGGACACUCUUAUAUUAAUAAAAACAAUGUUAAAAAAACAUUCAUUUGGAAAUCCAUUUAUAAAAGGGGUAUCUGGCAAGGCACUACAACCAGGCGGCUCUCGAUUAGAAAGAUUUGUACGCGCAGGACGAUCAAACUCAGCUCCGGGUUCCUACCAUAUGUCAGUUGACAGGUAUAAGCAACCAUCCACGGAAUCUUUACUUCCAUCUUUAACCGAACAUUCUACAAGUAAAAUUAGUGAAGAUACUUAGAUUUAAUGCAGUAAAAUUAUUUUACUUAGAUUUGUUUUUCUUUUGUCAUUAAUUUGGCACGGAUGCGACUUCUGUAACGAGCAUAGCAUACAAAUAGCAACACAGUUGCAAUGGAAUAUACAUAAAUAGCUUUUAUUGAAAAUGUUAUAAUUGGUAUUAGCCAUAGGUUUUUUGUUUUGUUUUGAGUUAUUUUUAACGGGUUCCAAGUAUGAACAAAAUGUUGUUAAUUUCCUUAAAUGGGACAGUUAGUUCAUAUUUUAUGAUUUAAUAAUUUCUUGCUAAGAAAGUUGAAGCUAUGCACUUUUGAUUACACUAGUCAACACGAUUUUUCCUCAAGGAACAAAACGAACUUUCUUAGAUUUGGGGCUUAGAAAUGG